UCUAAACAUGUAAGUCAACUACUGUUCUCAGAGCACAGAAAAUAAUAGCCCCCACGCUGACAUAAGCUGCCCCUCCCCCACAGUUCAACUACCCCCACAUUCUACUCCACUCCACUCCAGCUUAAAUGCCCCGAUUCCUCACUUUUUCUCUAUUCUCCUCCACGAUCUUCUUAUCUUCUUCUUUUUUCUUACAAAAAUGGUCAGACAAUUGGUUUCGGGUAUUUGGGUGCCGACGGUGACGUUCUUCACCGAGAACGACGAGGUCGACACCGCGACGAUUGCAAAGCAUACUGUUCGGCUGGCAAAGGCUGGUAUCAAGGCCAUGGUCACGCUUGGAUCGUAUGGCGAGGGAGUACUGCUCUCGCCCAAAGAGCGGUCGCUCGUGAACUCAACCACACGCAAGGCGCUCGAUGACGCUGGGUUUACUGAUAUCCCUGUUGUUGCGGGCGUGACUGAGCAGUCCGUCAAGGGCGCUGUUGCGUUGACAAAAGACGCAAAGGAAGCCGGCGCGGACGCAAUUCUGAUGGUGUGCUCGUCAUACUACCGCGGGUUUGUAGACGAGACCUACAUCACCGACUUCUUCACCGGCGUGGCGGACGAGUCGCCGCUGCCAAUCGUCAUCUACAACUACCCCGGCGUGACGGCCGGGAUCGAUAUCCCGUCCGAGCUGCUGAUCAAGCUGUCUGCGCACCCCAACAUCAUCGGCACCAAGUUCACGUGCGGCAACUCGGGCAAGCUCGCGCGGGUCGCGGGCGCGGUCAAGUCGAUCGGUCCGUUGAGCAAGACGUCGACGCUGGCCGACGUCGCGAGCGGAGACGGAUACUUUUGCAUUGCGGGUAUGGCUGAUUUCCUGACGCAGGCGCUCGCAGUCGGUGGCUCGGGGGUUAUUUCCGGACCGGGGAAUAUCACGCCCAAGACGGUGGUGCGGGUGUAUGAGCUGUUCAAGGCGGGCAAGUACGAGGAAGCGUUCGCGGCGCAGCAGAAGCUGUCGGACAGCGACUAUGUGCUGACGAACCUCGGACCGGAGGGCACCAAGUGUGCGCUGCAGCAGUUCUUUGGAUACGGCGGACACGUCCGUCGGCCGAUGCAGCGGAAGAGUGAGGAUGCGGUGAAGCAGCAGGCGGUUGAGAUCCAGAAGUACAUCGACUUUGAGAGCAGUUUGUAGAGAAGCAGUAAGAGUAGUAGUAAUCCAUUACAUAACACAUUAU